AUGAGUACAACGGUGCAGUUCAUCAACAACCUCUCGUCCAGUGGGUCGACUCAGCCGACCCACUCCCAUGCACACGACGGGGAGGCGACGCAUACACAUGGCCCUGGAGAACACGGGCACACGCAUGAACACUUGGACCAUGCAGGGAAGUUCGCGGAGCGCGACCUGCCGGACUACUCUUCGCGCAACUUCGAAGAACGCGGCUUCACCGUCGGUAUCGGAGGGCCCGUAGGCUCAGGCAAGACCGCGCUCACGCUCGCACUCUGCAAGGCACUCCGCCAGGAGUACAACAUCGGUCCGGACCCUCUCACGCCUGUGCUCCCCCCGCUGCGAGUUCUGAUCAAGAACAAGGCCCUCCCCGAGUCGCGCAUCCUCGCGAUCGAGACGGGCGGCUGCCCGCACGCGGCCAUCCGCGAGGACAUCAGCGCGAACAUGGGCGCGCUCGAGACGCUCCAGGCGAAGUACGGCUGCCAGCUCUUGUUCGUGGAGAGCGGGGGCGAUAACCUCGCCGCGAAUUACUCGAGGGAGCUCGCGGACUAUAUCAUAUAUGUGAUCGAUGUCUCGGGGGGACAAAAUCCGCGAAAGGGCGGCCCCGGCAUAUCGCAGUCAGACUUGUUGGUGAUCAACAAGAUCGAUCUUGCCCCGUUCGUGAACGCUUCGCUCGAAGUCAUGAACCGCGACUCGAAGCUCAUGAGGGGAGACGGGCCCACGCUUUUCACCAGUGUAAAAGAGGGUAAGGGCGUACAAGAUGUCAUUGACCUCGUCCUUGCGGCAUGGCGAGCAGCGGGCAGCCCCGGAAAGCCGGGCGCGGUUGGUGACUUGUGA